AGACCGCCGAGGUGGACUCAAUGACUGAGGCCGAUGUAAAUCCGAAGGCCUACCCUCUUGCAGUUGCCCACCUCACCAAGAAACUAUUGGACCUCGUUCAGCAGUCAUGUAACUACAAGCAGCUUCGAAAAGGAGCCAAUGAGGUCACCGAAACCCUCAACAGAGGCAUCUCUGAGUUCAUUGUGAUGGCUGCAGACGCCGAGCCCCUGGAGAUCAUCCUGCACCUCCCACUGCUGUGUGAGGACAAGAAUGUGCCCUACGUGUUUGUGCGCUCCAAGCAGGCCCUGGGGCGAGCCUGUGGGGUCUCCAGGCCUGUCAUCGCCUGUUCUGUCACCAUCAAAGAAGGCUCACAACUGAAGCAGCAGAUCCAAUCCAUCCAACAGUCCAUUGAAAGGCUCUUAGUCUAAACAGGUGGCCUCUGCCAAACUCCCUGCUGCUGACU